AGGACGAGCCUCUAAGUCACGUGGUAAACUGCAGCAGAUUUGAAUCGAGAGCCGUGUUUCCGAGGACAUAAAUAACAAAAAAAUAAACAAUAUAACUUUUCCAGCUCCUCCACUGCACUGGAUUGGCUUAGAAAAAAGAUUCAUUUACGAUGGAUCGUGGAGCGAACAGCGACGUGUUCUUUUUACCGGAUGAAAAGUUUGAUUUUGACGUGUCUCUGUCGCCAGCCAGCUCUACAGGUGAAGACUUUGAGGACGAGGUAUUUGUUGGUCCCAUCGGUCACACAGAGCGCUGCGUUUCUGUGAAUGUCGCAUCUCGCCUGGAAAACCUCUGUGUCCAAACAAGCUGGAGUCCUCUGUCUGGAGACCAACUGGAAGCCAUCUGUGAAGAGGCCCAAAAACUGGCCAAUCAACUGCAGAGUUCUGAGCAUGCUCAGUCAGAGUAUGAAAACAUUGACCCAAAUUUAGCAGUUUUAAAAAAUAAUGAGUUUGUACAAGACUCAAAGGCCAAACUAAGCAUGCUCUGUGACUCUCCUCCUACUGUACUUAGCCCCAUAAAGAGGCAGACAUUUUGUGUGCAAGAUAGCCCUUUGAAACAGCUACCACCUGCUAUUCAAAACCGUAUCCUGAAAUUGCGUAGUCCUAAAUCAAGUAUAGGAAAUAAAAGUAUUAAACUCACUGGAAAAGAACAACAGACACAGCAUGUUCCUUCAAGAGCCACAAGGAGCACCACCAGACAAGUCACAGAGACAAGGAUGCUGCCCAAACCUGCUCUCAGAGCCAGAGUCAGUAUGGUGUUACCCAACAGACCCGCUGUCCCAGCUGCUACACGAUCCACCACCAAGAGCCAAGACAAGACCAGACUGCAGCCUCCCAGCAAGUUGUCAACCAGUUGGCGGCGCAGUCCAAACUCAAGCCGAAACGGUUCGUGUGAAGACCUUCUCUCUGACUCUGCAAGCGUGACCUCUGACCUCAGCGACUCCUCCCUGAACUCCAGCUGUUUGGGCAAAUGUGCCCUGGCCCCGCCCUCCAAGGUGGUUCAUACUUGGUCUGGAGUGAAGCCUCCCGCUGAGAGCAGCAGACUCAGAAACACCUCCUCAUCCUCCUCCUCAGUGUCCAGCUUCAACUCCAGUAUCUCCCUCUCCCCAGCCAAUAAAGGUAAAUUAAACUCCUCGAUGAACUCUCAGUGCAAUGUUCCUAAACCCACCCAGCCCCCAAAGCACCGUCGUUCUGUUGCCGUUCAACCCUCGGUUCCUCCCUUCUCUGCAGCCGGGAGGAGGUCUCUCAGUGUCCAAACCCGAAAAACCUCCAACCCCACCCCCCUCAAGAGACCCCAGUGCUCCCCGGUCCAAACCCCAGUGAGGAGGGGCAUAGACCGGACCAGCUCUGUCCCCUCAGUGACCAAGAUCCAGAGCGGACUCAAAGCCAAACCCAAACCACAGGCUCUGGUGCCUUCUCCCAAUGGGACCCUGCAAGGGUCUUUGUCUCCAGACACCACCAAGAUUUUGAGACCAAAGAGACUGGUUUCUGUGAAGAGCGUUGACAGUCUCCCUCAGAAGCCUGUGCUCUCUGCUCUCACUCCCUCCGGUGGCAGCAGCAGUUCACUACAGCUCAAGGCCCGUAGACCCUCGUGUCUGCCCACUCCUCUCAGGUCCAGACUUUCGGGACUCCCCCAGGCCACACCCACAAACCGACCAAUCAGAGUGCUGCCCACCCACAACUGCACUCCCACCAGUUUAACUCCCACUGAUGACCCAGAGACUGUGGAGGUUCCCACGAUUCAGCCUUUUAACCUGGAGGAUGAGGAGCCUGUACAGCCCCCACCCACAAUCAUAAAACCCGACCAAUCAGAGAGCACCACAGCACCUGACGCACUUUGUCUAAGCCAAGUAGAAACGGGGAAAGAGACUGCACAGGAGCCGAAAACCGAGGCCAUCAGCAAAGCACAAGAGAUUUUACUUUUGGAUCUCCCGGCGCCGGCGCUUCAGCCUCAAGAGAAACUGCUCAUUGACCUGACCAACACUCCAGACCUGAUCCGCACCAAGACCUGCCCCUCCGCCUCUGAGCUUAUCGACCUGAGCUCUCCUCUGAUCAAAUGGAGUCCCGUCAACAAAAAGGAGAAAGAAGCUCUUCUCAUCAACCUGUCCUUCUGAUCCAGGACUAUAACCAGACUAAACCGGACUACAGAGACCAAGACCCAGGACCUAGGACCAGAGACUAGACCAGAACUGCAAAACUGGACUAUUCUGACAACAAACUAGAGUCUCCCUUUUUAAACCUAUACCAGACCAAACCCAGAUCUGAACCAGUCAACUGCGAAAAGCUGACAGAGUGUUAAAGUAAUCAGCAGCUUUGUUUUAUACUGAAAAUACUUAGAUUUUAUGUUCUUUAUCAGUGUUUAAAUAAAUGUCUUUGUCUGUGUGAAUUGAGCUGCUUAUUGUAAAAAUCAAUCGUUAUCAUUUCAAUAUUCAAUCCAGUGGUACACCCCCGCUAAAGUUUUUUUUUCUCGAUGAAUACUACUAAAAGCUGUUCUUCUGAUUGCUGGUGUCAAGGUGAAAUUAAAUAACUAAAGAAAUCAUCUCUUCUACUGUACUGGUUUGAUUAAUGGGAGAUUGUAAAUGUGUAGAUGAAUAAAGUGUUUUAUCUAUGU